CUGACGCCUGACGCUUGCGACCUUGCGACCACUGCGAGUGAGCUGACACGGCUGACGGGCUGACGCAGCUCGACCGCUCUGCUUUAUGUGUGCACGCAUCGCACAUACAUUGUUGCACAUAUCUCCUCGAUCACGCUGUGACCCGUCGACGGUUCGCCCGUCGCGGCCUCAGUCUGAAGGACCAGCGCAAGAAGCGCCACAGUUCGAGAUCUCAUCCGAGCUCGUCGCUGUGAGAUGGGGAAUACAGCCAGGAAUGACUGCCCCUUCUGCGAUCACAGUUUCACUAAAAACUUCAACUUGAGACGGCAUGCGCUGAGCGUUCAUAAGGUAAAUCUCCCUGCACUAAGCAAGAACAACUUCAAAUGCUGUUACUGCCCCACCGGAUGCCGCUUCUUCGAGGACUUGGUGACACACCACGAAACGGUCCACAGCUUUCCCGCCAAAUAUGAGACCCGACAAUUCACUUCGAUGGAAGAAUUCAAAGCGUGGAAAGAAGGAGUUGAGAAGACCACACGCACCCAGUUCUCUGCAUCUACUGGAUCAAGGACAGUGGGUGGUAUCAAGAAGUGGUACUUGCGGUGUCAUCGGUCGGGCACUUACGUUCCAAAAGGCACUGGAGCGAGACGGCUAAAAUGGCAAGGCAGCGUCAAGACUGGGGAAACAUGUCUGGCACACAUGACAGUGUUACAGGAUAGUGCACGCAUCAAAGUGAGGUACCAGGGGUUGCACCUGGGUCACGAUUCGGAGUUAUGCCACGCUCCUUUGUCUAUGUCGGACAAGGCUGCUAUUGCAGCAAAACUGAAAGAAGGUGUGCCAAUGGAUGCCAUCUUGGACAGCAUACGCGACGACUUUGAUGGGACCCUCGAACGCAUACACCUGGCAACGCGGCAAGAUCUGCACAACAUAAAGAGGGACUUUGGAAUCACCUCGAGUGAUAAGUUUCACGGAAACGACUACACCAACGUGGGUCUGUGGUUUGAAAGAAUGAAGGAGGAGCCUCUCAGUCCCAUCCUUUUUCUAAAACGUCCAAAUCGAGACCGUCCCGAAAUCGCGGAGCGUGCGGAGGGAGAGUUACUCGACGAGAAGGACUUCCUGCUCGUCAUCAUGACUGCACCGCAAGAGCAAUUCCUCAAGGUCCUGGGUUCAGACCGAAUAUGCGUGGACACACAAGGAAGAACAGGUGUUGACUUUCGACUCGUGACACUGCUAUGCGUCGACGAAUCUGGGUGCGGAUUCCCGUGUGCCUUUUGCAUCACAAGUCGUGCGGACUAUGCGGCAAUGAAGGUCUUCUUCGGCACAAUAAAAGAGAGGACCGGAGAGCUGGGCGUUAAAGCCUUCAUGGGUGGACACACAUUGUACGAUGCCUGGAAAGACACAAUGGGGAACGCCGACCAACACCUGCUGUGCACGUGGGACAUUGACAAAGAUUGGAAGGAAAACAUAAGGAGAAGAAUAAAAGGCAGAGAGACACAGGUGUUCACGUACAAGGUUUUGUACACAAUAAUGGACCAGCCUGAUGAAGUCAGAUUCGAACAGCUCUUGGAAGCAUUUCUCCACCGGUGCGCAUCACAACCGGAAAUGGACGCCUUCUUCAAGUACUUUCUAUCCCACUAUGCUGAGCAGACCACCGCGUGGGCAGCCUACUACCGUGUCCUAGCCGGGAUCAGCACGAGUACGCAACUCGAAGCGCUUCACCGCGGGCUCAGACGUUGCUAUCUCGAGAGCAAACAAACCAAGAGUAUUGACGGGCUCGUCUUGUCUCUCUCGAAGCUCACUAAAGACAAGCUGCUCGAUCACUGGCCGAAAUUUUCGACAAGCAUGCCCGUGGUGCAAACCAACGAAAUCGAGAGACAGCACGAGGCCGGUGCUGCUAUACCACAAGAGCACGUACGUAGCUCUGGAACACGCCGAUGGUCUAUUCGGUCCCAGUCUUCCGAAGAUGUGGAGUACACCGUAACGCAGCAGCUGGAGACCAAUUGUACUUCUUCGUCCUGCAGCUUUGUGUGUCGGAAAUGCGGAGCAUGCAUCCACAGCUUCAGCUGCACGUGUGCUGACAACGUGGUGCAGCUGGGUCUCUGCAAGCACAUGCACGCAGUUGCUGCCAUGCAGGAGUAUGCUGGACACUCGACAGGAACUCAACAACAGCUGGACCAACAGAUAUGCAGCGGUGAAGAUCUCGUCACAGCAGAUGGCAUCCAAGAGAACGAUGACAUCUCACGAGCCAGCUUAGUUUCGCUGGCUGGAACUUUGCAUCAACAGCUUAAGUGCACAAAAUUAGAUAAGACAACUGAAGAAAACGUAACAGCUACCCUGAAGUCACUUCUCCAAUCUCUGACUGGAUGCAGUACGGGUUCAACACUGCCUCAGGAGAGAGCAGCACCAAAGAGGAAGAACACAACACAUCAGCCACAACUCAGAAGCUGCAGGAAGAAAGCUCUCACAGCCUUCUCAACGCGUAGGAUUAAGCCCGCGCAGGAAGCAAGAAAUGAGAUUGCAUCGGUGCUCGUGAACCAGGAAGAAGUCCGCCACACUGGCUUCGACCACACGUACGCAAAAUAAUUUUUAAGAAGUGCCAAGACCGGCCUAUCCCCGUUCGAUAUCCCGUUUUUGUCUCGAAAACAGGUACCGAACUGCUACCCUUGACUGAGCAAAGUGUGUACGCAUUCUCUGUCUUGCAUUCAGCUACUUUUUACAUCUUCUAACGAUUAAACGCGGCAGCAAACUAAGUAGAAUCUCGGAGAAUAUAAGAACUGAGGGAAGGUAAUAGACGGAUGCUGUUCAUUUUUCAUUACUCUCGGUGAAAAAGGUUGGUCAUAACGCUUUUGCAUCUUUGUUUUUGGCCAACAUUGCUGAAAUUUGAGAGGUGAAUAAAAGGCCAAGCACAUGCUUUCCACUCUCGA